AUGACAGGCGCGUCUGAGAAACAUGAGGCCAAGGAGCCUGUGGCCCUUUCCCCCUCUGAAUCCGGGGGAGAGAAGCUCGAGGGACUGGCUGCUGCACUCGCUAUGGACGAGUCAACACCUGCGUCCCCUGGUGCGAGCAUACUACAUGUCACCGAGAGAGAUCUGCUCGAGGCUAAGGAAGUCGCAGCAAGAUUCACUCUCGAGGACACGAAAAGGUUGAUGAGCCAAGUCCACAAACAGUAUGCUCGGGAUCCCAACUUCCCUAUCGAAAUCAUCCAUCGGAUUGAAGAUUUUUUAAACAACGAUGAAAUCUUUGCGAAUCCCGAAAAGCAUGAAGACAUUAUUCAGGAGAUGAAGAUCCAGGCAGCACUGAUCACCAACAAUUCCCCAUACGCCGAGGUGCGCGCUGUGGUUGACAACCACGAUGACCCGAAUCUCCCUGUUUCGACCAUUCGCGCGUGGGCGAUGGGCAUCUUCUUCGCCGUUUGUAUCUCCUUCAUCAACGCCUUCUUCGAUGUCCGCAUGCCAAGCAUCUACGUCAUCUCCACCGUUCCACAGCUGCUGGCCUACCCCCUUGGAAAGUUCCUUGAGCGUGUCCUUCCCGACGUCGGUUUCACACUGUUUGGAGUGCGCCACAGCCUUAAUCCAGGCCCCUUCAACAAGAAAGAGCACAUGCUCAUCACCAUCAUGUCAAACGUGGCCAAGAGCGUUCCGUAUACCAACUACAUUGUGUGGAUACAAGUCUUACCGCAAUGGUUCAACCAGACAUGGGCUACCAGCGUUGGCUAUCAGAUCCUCAUCGCUCUCUCAACAAAUUUCAUUGGCUAUGGUCUGGCAGGCCUUUGCCGUCGAUUCUUGGUGUACCCAGCAUACUGUGUCUGGCCAUCCUCACUGGUCACCAUCGCGUUGAACUCGGCGUUCCAUGAUUCUUCUAGCGAAACUGCUAGCGUCACUGGCCCGCUUAAGUCCGUCUGGAAGAUGUCACGGCUUCGGUUUUUCGCCUGGGCAUUUUUCCUGAUGUUUGUGUACUUCUGGUUUCCGAAUUACAUCUUCGCGGCUCUCAGCUACUUCAGCUGGAUGGCUUGGAUCGCUCCUAACAAUGCUACACUGGCCAACCUUACUGGCGGUUGGACAGGCCUGGGCCUGAAUCCAUUGCCGACAUUUGAUUGGAACAUCAUCACCUACAUGGUCGAUCCCUUGAUGGUCCCAUUCUUUUCUACAUUCAACUACUUCCUCGGCGCUUUCUUUUCCAUGUUCAUCGUUCUUGCCAUUUGGUACACCAACACCGUUACAAUGUCACCGCUAUUCAUUGACGAGAAGGGCAUCUUUGAUGCCAAGAAAUACGAAGCAUACUCGCCACCUUUCCUGUCCGCAGGCAACGUGGUGGUAUAUAUGUUCUUCUUCGCCGUUUACUCGGCCACCGUUGCUUACGGCUACCUAUACCACAGGCACGAGAUUAUGCUCGGCCUACGUGACUUCUGGCGCAGCGUGAAACGGAGCUGGAGUCGUCUAGUCAAAAAGACGAACAAUACGGACUCAGAUGACGAGGAAGACGUUGACCUUUUGGAUGUCCACAACCGCCUGAUGCGCGCCUACAAAGAGGUGCCGGAAUGGUGGUACACUAUCUGCCUCCUGCUCGCGAUCGGUGUUGGUAUGGCUGGCAUUGCUGCCUGGCCCACGAACACAACGCCUUGGGUUGUGCUUUACGGAAUUGCACUCUGCCUUGUGUUCGUCGUUCCCAUCGGCAUCAUUGCUGCCAUGACAGGCGUUCAAGUCACGUUGAAUGUCAUUGCUGAAUUUAUCGGUGGUGUCUGGGUGGAGGGUAACGCGAUUGCCAUGUGCUUCUUCAAGUCAUAUGGUUAUGUUACCUGUGCCCAUGCUUUGUCGUUCACAGCCGACCUGAAGCUGGCGCACUACCUCAAGAUCGCCCCACGAUUUACAUUCUGGGCCCAAAUGGUGCCAACGUUGAUCUCUACUUUUAUCAGUGUCGCGGUUCUUCAAUAUCAGGUGCACAUCGACAAGAUCUGCACGCAAGAAGCACCUUUCCGCUUCACUUGCCCCGGUCCUAACACCUUCUUCACCGCCGCUGUCUUCUGGGGUACUGUCGGCCCACGUAAGAUCUGGGGUGUUGGUGGUAUCUAUUCAGCCACUCUCAUUGGGUUCCCGUUUGGAGCUGCGCUGGUCGUCUUGUUCUACUGGCUAAGCAAGAAGUGGCCUAAGUACGCGAUCAUCAGGAACGCACAUCCUGUAGUCAUGAUGAAUGGAGCACUUGCUUGGGCUCCUUAUAACCUUAUUUACAUUUGGCCUGCCGUACCCGUUGCCGCAUUUUCGUGGCUCUAUUUGAAGAAGAGGUUCUUGGGCUUUUGGUCGAAGUAUAAUUUCGUUACCUCUGCUGCCUUUUCGUGUGCCAUUGCCAUCAGCGGUAUCGUCAUAUUCUUUGCUCUACAAAUCUGGGACAUCGAGCUGAGCUGGUGGGGCAAUAACGCUCCCUAUGAAGGCUGUGAUGGAAGCGGUACCUGUGGCUUGCUCCAGCUGCCUGAGGUGGAUAAGAGCAAGAGCACCGCCGGCACCUUGCCAGUGUUCGAAGAACAAUCUGGAGGUGGUACUCCAUUCGAGUCCCUUCGGGGCCGGAUGGAUACAGGCCUUCUCCAAGGCAUCAAGGACAUGAAUCUCACGAGCAUGACACCGGUUCAGGAGAAGAUUUUGUGCGCAUCUGAUUGGCGUAAGGAUUAUCUGGUUCAAUCCAAGACCGGCACCGGGAAGACCAUCGCAUUUUUGUUGCCUGCUCUGCACAACCUCGUCUCAGACAAGACGUUGGAUCGUUCGAAGGUCGGCCUGCUCAUCUUGGCGCCCACGCGCGAACUGGCUGAGCAAAUUCAAGACGAAUGCAACAAACUUAUCACAAAGGUCUCUCCUCAAAUUUACUGCCACCUGGCUGUUGGUGGAAAGAAGAGAGCAUCCCAACUUCGCAGAUUUAUGGAGUCACCUGCGCCUACCAUCGUGGUCGCCACGCCUGGGCGUUUGGAUGACUGGCUCCAAGAGGACGACGUGCGCCAGAAGUUUUCUCAACUUCGUUGUUUGAUCUUGGAUGAGGCCGACCGGAUGCUUGACGCAGGCUUUGCUCCGGACAUUCGACGUAUUCUCGCCCGUCUGCCCCCCAAGUCGACUGCCAAGUGGCAGGGGAUGUGCUUCAGCGCAACUCUCCCACCAGACGUCAAGGACCUGGUCUCUAUUGUUUUGGAGGCUGAACACGUUACAAUAUCUACGAUAAACCCAAACGAGGCACCGACCAUUGAGACAGUGCCGCAAAUGGUCAUUCCUGUGCCGUCGCUCGAGGAUGUAUUGCCGACGCUUCAUUCUUUCCUCUCAUGUGCCAGGGUUGACGCCAAUGGCCAGCUGAAAGCAAUCAUCUUCUGUUCCACAGCACGCUACGCUGGGCUUCUAUACCACGUGUUUGGACAUACAGGUGGCGCUGCCCCGCCCAAGUUGGGUGUGUGGCAAAUGCACUCGCGGAUGUCGCAGGCAGCACGCACGAAGACCAUUGAAGAAUUCAAAGAGGCCAAGUCCGGGUGGCUCUUUGCCUCAGACGUGGUUGGUCGUGGCAUGGACAUCCCUGAUGUCAACUUGAUUGUGCAAGUUGGUCUUCCCAGCGAUGCUGAUCAAUACGUUCACCGCGUUGGUCGGACCGGCCGCGCUGGCAAAACCGGCAGGGCUGUGAUGAUCCUUCCCCCUGAGGAGAUGUGGUUUGUUAAGCAAAACCCGCAAUUCCCAAUCAAGAACAAUGGGCCUUUCACCCACCCUAAGGCGGCUACCUGGCCGUCUGUCCAAAUCAUCAACACUGCACUGUCUAAAAUCCCUACACAAACCAAGGAGCAAACAUACUUGGCCAUGUUGGGUUGGGUCAAAACUUUCAUGCGCCGCUAUGGCUUCGAUGGUCCCAAGUUCGUCGACUACACCUCCCGUUUUGCUUUCUCCAUUGGAUGUGAGAGCAUUCCAGAGAUACCAAGUCGUGUGAUACAACAAGCAAAUCUGAAGCCAUUCGUGAGCUUAUUCAAGAAGUACCGGGAGCGCUACAGAGAUGGCAGGAAGCCGGGUCUUGAGGAUCCGGCAGAGCAAAAGGCCCCAGGAGAGUCGAGCAAGCCAUCUGGUGAGAAGCCUAAAAAAGCAGGAGAUAACAAGAGGGAUAAAGAAAGGGAUAAGAUGAAGGGCAAGGACGGGAACCGGAGGAACAAAAACAAGCAAAGGACCGAGAACAAAGAGACAAGAAAGAGACCAGGUGAGCAAAUCGGAGGACCUGCGCCUAAGAAGCCCAAGGUUUAA